AUGCAUUUCCAGAUGGUUUCAAUACUAUCAUUUCUCAAAGCACUCAUACCUACCCCUAGCAUCUUCAUUUACAAAUCAACAGUCAAUAUGAAGCUCACUAGCAUCAUUUCAGCUUGUACCGUCCUGUCAGCGGUGUCUUCUCCCACGCUGGCAUGGAGAGUCACCGAUUAUAACUCGAAUACCCUCCAAGAAGGUGGCAAACCUGAGCACGGCAAAUGGUUCAACAAGAUCAAAGGUCCAAUCUUCGAAAUAGACGACUGUACCCAGGGAAACUUCUUCAGAGGAAAGGAUUGCACCGGCUAUUUCACUGCUGUAUACAGCGGGAAGGCCUAUUUCAGGAUUCCUUCUGACAGUGUUAGCUUCCGGGUUUACUGCUCCGCAUAA